CAUCCUCUUUGCAGACAUAGAGGGUUUCACAAGUCUGGCCUCCCAAUGCACUGCUCAGGAGCUGGUCAUGACGCUGAACGAGCUCUUUGCCAGAUUUGAUAAGCUAGCAGCUGAGAACCACUGUUUACGUAUCAAGAUCCUGGGUGAUUGCUAUUACUGUGUGUCUGGGUUGCCAGAAGCAAGAGCUGACCAUGCACACUGCUGUGUUGAAAUGGGAAUGGAUAUGAUAGAGGCCAUCUCAUUAGUCCGGGAGGUGACAGGAGUAAAUGUCAAUAUGAGGGUUGGAAUCCACAGCGGGAGAGUUCACUGCGGGGUCUUGGGCCUUAGGAAGUGGCAGUUUGAUGUGUGGUCCAAUGACGUUACACUAGCCAACCACAUGGAAGCAGGAGGCAAAGCUGGGCGCAUCCACAUAACAAAAGCAACCCUGAACUAUCUCAAUGGAGACUAUGAGGUGGAGCUGGGCUUUGGAGGGGAGCGCAACGCUUAUCUGAAAGAGCACAGUAUUGAGACCUUCUUGAUUGUACGGUGCAGCCAGAAGCGGAAAGACGAGAAAGCCACAAUAGCCAAGAUGAACCGUCAGCGCGCUAAUUCCAUCAGCCAUAACCCGCCACACUGGGGUGUUGACCGGCCCUUUUAUAACCACCUUGGAGCUCACCAGGUCUCCAAGGAGAUGAAGAGAAUGGGUUUUGAGGACCCCAAGGACAAGAAUACACAGGAAAGUAUGAACCCAGAAGAUGAAGUGGAUGAGUUUCUGGGCCGUGCCAUCGAUGCCAGAAGUAUUGAUCGGUUACGCUCUGAGCAUGUGCGCAAGUUCCUCUUAACAUUCAGGGAACCUGACUUGGAGAAAAAGUACUCCAAGCAGGUGGAUGACAGGUUUGGAGCCUACGUGGCUUGUGCCUCCCUAGUCUUCCUCUUCAUCUGCUUUGUUCAAAUCAUAAUCGUGCCACACUCUACAUUUAUGCUGGGUUUCUACCUGACCUGUUUCCUGAUCCUGACCACAGUGGUGUUUGUUUCGGUCAUUUACUCCUGUGUCAAGAGUCGCCUGUGUACUGGCCCCUGCUGCAUAUGCAUGUUUGGCUGGGCAAAUAAUCAGAAGCAGAAUAUCAUCAAGGAAAAAUGUCCUAGGGGAAACUUUCAUGUGAGAUUUUCCUUCCCCGUCUUGGCCUCUCCAUGUCUGACUUUGACAGUGGCCAGCAGGCUCUUUCUGGACAGCUUGAUCAUGUUUUAUUUUCUUUUGCUGUCAUUAUUAUCUUCCACUAUAAAACUCUCCAUGGACUAGAAGUUGAUCCUGGAACUGCCAAUGCAGCCAGCUUGGCUUUCCAAGUUUCUUCAGCUGUAA